AUAUUUAAUAAAGCAUGUACGCGUGCCCCGAGUGUUCCGUUGGAAAGAAGGGGGCGUGGCUCGAGGUUUGGAUCCAAUGCCCAACGGGUUAUCUCGUACGUGUCGCUUUUGGCACAUACCUACAUACGCAGGAAAGGGAUCAACGCUGUGUGUGUAUGUAUGGCAUAAGCAUAAGCUCAGCUACCCUAUAAUCUAUUGCAUGAAUUGUCAAUUUGGCUAUUGCCUUGGGGAAGACAAGACUGUGGAGUACUGAUUUCGCUCUGCAACAGCAGAAGAUCCACGAGAAUAAGUAGAAAUUGAUGGAGUCAAACAGUAACAGGACUACGUAAGUUGAAAUUCAUCAUAAACCUCCAGGCUCCAGCUUUCCAAAUCCGUAAGAGUUUGGUUUAUAGAGGGGGAGGGGGAGGGGGCUUUACUUUACCCUAUUGGUAUUGUACAGUGGAGGAGCAGGUUAAAUGGGAGUGCUUGAGGUUUGAUAGACGGCAGCCCGCAUUUCUCCUUUGGUAAGAAGCUCAGAGAGAAGCUUUUAAUGGCAGAAAAAGUACUGUUGUAGCUUAAGGCGAGUUUGUCUGUUUGUCUGUCUAUGGAUUGAGGAAGCGGAGUAGGGGUCGGUAGUGGUACAUCUGGAUUGACCACACAAUUCAAAUGAUUGCCCACAACGGAUUGAAGAGGGGUUUCAUCAGGAGUACAGGGAUGCACAGAGAUCUUGACUAGAUUUUAAUUCAUCGACCAUGGACAACAUCUUCUUCUUCUUCUGGCUUAUUUCCACGCUACUAGAAAGCUCUCCUGUGCCAUUAAAGCUAACCAAUUCGGCUUUAUAAGUUGUGCGUUUCCGUAACUAAAUGGCGUCGUCGUCUUCUUCCUCGUCGAAUUCUCCAUGCGCGGCGUGCAAGUUUCUUCGAAGGAAGUGCACAGUGGAGUGCGUUUUUGCCCCUUAUUUUCCACCAGAUCAGCCGCACAAGUUCGCAAAUGUUCACAAAAUCUUCGGCGCGAGCAACGUGACUAAGCUUCUCAACGAGCUGCAUCCGCACCAGCGUGAAGACGCGGUGAAUUCUUUGGCGUACGAGGCAGAGGCACGGGUGAAGGAUCCCGUUUACGGCUGCGUCGGCACCAUUUCCGUUCUGCACCAGCAGGUCAGGCAGCUGCAGUCUGAGCUCCAAUCCGCUCGCUCUGAGCUCUCUAGAUACAUUAAUGUGGGGAUUGCAAUCUCUCCAAUGCCUACCCCAUCGUCCCCGUUAGGAAUAGGUAUGGGAUUGGCCGGAACUUCAAGAGAUCAAAUUUUCAGGGAUCACAGUAUCAUGGAGCCGCCCGUUUCAAGGGAUCAUCAUUUGCUGCGAGCGAAUUUCGAGCAGGUCGAGAUUGCCAGGAUACAUACCGGACCUACCUACGACACAAAUUAUCUUCCCUUGGCUAUUGCAGGCGGAAGCCAUAGCCAUCUAGGGUUAUCAGGCGGAGGAAACCCUUCUCCUUUGAACCAGUAUCAUCCCAGGACGCCUGCGUCUUCAAAUGAACGCAACCUCGUCCAUCCUUAUUUCCAUUCGGAUAGGCGGGAGGAGUAGCAUUUGCUCGAGUAUGAUUACCUCCCUGCGGAUUCAGACGGCAGGAAACAAACAAAUCUUCGAGCACAGAAUUUUCCUCUUGAUUUUAAAUUGUUUGCUCGCUGGCUGUAACACCAUUAUAUAUGUAUUACUCAUCUAGGCUAUUCUUCUUCUUCUUCUUCUUGAAUUUACAUCCUGCAAAUAAUAAUAUUUAUUUUGUUCACCGAGAGACUGCAGUUUCAAACUUGGGAGGAGUCUCAUACCAUGAGCUUUAGCCACCGAUUCAGGCUUCCAAGCAGUUUGGAAUUAGGUAGAUUUUGAUUUGAGUAUUUAAACCAAAAAAAGAAAAAAAGAAAAAAAAUAUCAAAGGUAGAAAGAUCGGAGGUAAACACUAUUCGCUAGGUGUUCUUUCCCUACUUUCUGUAGGAUGCUGCUGCUAAGGACAUCUGUUAGUCCUUCCUUUGUAUUUAUUUUACUCUAAUUAGUUGAUAUCCACUGUAAAAAAUUAUGUCA